AUGACGCCAGAUCCCAAAAGGCGACGGAUCGACUCUGCAGCGCGCCCAUAUAAACGAGAUCAUCAAGAUGAUUUCCGCACGCCAACCCCCCGAGCGCAAUCACGUUACGCGCCUACGCCUCCUCGUGACGAAGUAGCACCGACCGACGAAGACAAGGCUUUAGACCGCGACUGGUAUGGCGGUGAUGAGUUCGGGGGGCAUAGCUUUGGAGAUGAUACCCAUAAUCCCUUCGCAUCCUACGGCGCCUGGGAAGGCCAGCAGCAGGAAGCAGCCCGACACGAAAAGAUGUCCAUCCGAUUCGAUGCACGGCGCGAGCAAAGGAAUCGAGACAAUGAUGCCUGGGAGACAAACCGAAUGUUACAAUCUGGAGUGGCGCAACGACGAGAUAUGGCUUCCGACUUUGUUGACGACGACGAUUCAACUCGAGUCCAUCUUUUGAUUCAUGACCUCCGACCUCCGUUCCUGAAAGGACGAACGAUUUUUACGAAACAACUAGAGCCAGUGCCCGCUGUAAAAGACCCCCAAAGUCACAUGGCGGUUUUCAGUCGAAAGGGUAGCAAAGUGGUCAAAGAAGCGCGACAACAGCGAGAACGUCAAAGGCAAGCCAAGGAAGCGACGAGCAUGACCGGAACGACGCUUGGAAACAUCAUGGGCGCCAAAGAGGAUGACGGCGAUUCUGCACUGCCCGUACCUGCCGAGGACGACGCUCAACCCGAGCGGAAGGGCAACAAAUUUAGCGAACACUUGAAAAAGACGGACGGCGCCAGCAACUUCAGCCAGAGCAAAACGCUACGAGAGCAGCGAGAAUACCUACCGGCGUUUGCAGUUCGCGAGGACCUUCUUCGUGUGAUUAGAGAGAAUCAGGUUGUCAUUUGUGUGGGUGAGACAGGUUCCGGUAAAACAACACAGUUGACGCAGUUCCUCCAAGAAGAUGGAUACGGAAAAACUGGCAUGAUCGGGUGCACACAGCCGCGACGAGUUGCAGCUAUGAGUGUGGCCAAACGUGUGGCCGAAGAGAUGGAAGUGAAGCUUGGAAGCACAGUUGGUUAUGCCAUUCGAUUCGAAGACUGCACCAGCAAGGAGACGGUCAUCAAAUACAUGACCGACGGUGUUCUAUUGCGAGAGUCGCUGAACGAACCAGAUCUGGAUCGCUACUCCUGUGUCAUUAUGGACGAAGCACACGAACGUGCCCUGAACACAGAUAUCCUCAUGGGUUUGUUCAAGAAGAUUCUGCAAAGGCGACGUGACUUGAAGCUCAUCGUAACAUCGGCCACAAUGAACUCGAAACGUUUCUCCGAUUUCUUUGGCGGCGCUCCUGAAUUUAUCAUUCCUGGGCGAACUUUCCCAGUCGACGUUAUGUUCCAUCGAUCACCUGUCGAGGACUACGUCGACCAGGCUGUGCAUCAGGUAUUGUCUAUCCAUGUCUCAAUGGGUCCUGGAGAUAUCUUGGUGUUCAUGACUGGCCAAGAAGACAUUGAAAUCACAUGCGAACUGGUGCAAAAACGACUCGACGCCCUCAAUGACCCUCCUAAGUUGAGUAUCCUGCCUAUUUACAGUCAGAUGCCUGCAGAUCUACAGGCCAAGAUUUUUGACAAGGCUGCUCCUGGUGUUCGAAAAUGCAUUGUUGCAACCAACAUUGCCGAGACCAGUUUGACAGUUGACGGUAUCAAGUACGUCGUGGAUGCGGGCUACUCCAAGAUGAAAGUAUACAACCCAAAAAUUGGCAUGGAUACGCUCCAAAUCACGCCUAUCUCGCAAGCCAACGCUUCACAACGCUCAGGUCGAGCCGGUCGAACAGGCCCAGGAAAGGCAUUCCGACUAUACUCGGAAAAGGAGUUUAAGGAAGACCUGUACCUGCAGACGAUUCCGGAAAUCCAGCGCACAAAUCUUGCCAACACUGUUCUGAUGUUGAAAUCUCUCGGUGUCAAGGACCUCUUGGACUUUGAUUUCAUGGACCCCCCUCCGCAGGAUACUAUUACAACCUCGAUGUUUGACCUAUGGGCCCUUGGAGCCUUGGACAAUCUGGGCGAGCUCACCGAGCUAGGAAAGAAGAUGAGUCACUUCCCAAUGGACCCGUCCCUAUCUAAACUACUCAUUACCGCAGAAGAGUACGGUUGUAGUGAGGAGAUGAUCACUAUCGUCUCUAUGCUGUCUGUGCCCAAUGUUUUCUACCGCCCGAAGGAGCGGCAAGAAGAAGCUGAUGCUGCACGUGAGAAGUUUUGGGUGCAUGAGUCGGACCAUUUGACGUAUCUUCAAGUUUACACCAACUGGAAGGCAAACGGUUAUUCCGAUGGUUGGUGUGUAAAGCACUUCCUGCACCCCAAGUCUUUGAGGCGAGCCAAGGAAAUUCGCGAGCAACUGUUGGACAUCAUUCGUAUGCAAAAGAUGACGUUGACAAGUUGUGGAAUUGACUGGGAUAUCGUGCGCAAGUGCAUUUGUUCCGGUUACUACCACCAAGCAGCCAAAUACAAGGGCUCAGGCGAGUACAUCAAUCUGCGCACCAACCUAGGUGUGCAAUUACAUCCGACAAGUGCACUGUACGCCGGGCACCCGCCUGACUAUAUCGUCUACCACGAAUUGAUCCUCACCUCUAAGGUAUAUGUUUCAACAGUGACAGCUGUAGACCCCCACUGGCUCGCUGACCUUGGCGAUGUGUUCUACUCGCUCAAGGAGAAGGGCUAUUCCGCCCGUGACAAGCGUAUCAUUGAAACAGAAUUCAACCGGAAGAUGGAAAUUGAGGCCAAGAUGGCUGAUGAUAAACGCAAGGAUGAAGAAAGGAAGCAGCUGGAGGAGGAGCGGAGCCAAAAGAAGCCGACGAAGGCGAAGAUUGGAGCAGAUGGCAAGAAAUUUAUAACCCAAGGCGCAGUCAGGAAGCCGGUGACAAAGCGACGUAACAGACCGUUUUAG